AUGAAAGAAUCUACCAAAGACACUCUUUAUAAAGUUGCCGAUGUUACCAAAACUGCUAUUCAUUGGGGAUUCAUUCCUUUCGUCAUCUACUUGGGUAUGACUCGUAGCAACCCUAGACCCUCCGUUUUUAGACUUAUUAGCCCCCUUGCUUAA